CAAUUUUGGUACCCUCACGUUGUAUGUCUUUCAUAAAAAAAGAUUUUUUUUCAGAGAAUGGAAGAGUAUAAAGAGAUGAUUGGCAGAGUCAUAAAGUGUAUCACAAGUGUGAAGUCUAUAGGAAUAAAGUAAAGAAAGAGGUUUUCAUAUAUUUAGGAUCAAAAUCAGGAUACAGAAAAUGAGUCUACACAUGAUAACCCAUGCUGUAAUGUUUGCUGUCAUAGCAACGUUAGUAAAGAAAUACUUUCAACUUCUUUAUCAGCUGGAUGAUUUACAGGAUAGAUGUCUGUAUGCAGAGUGGGAACAUUCAAACAAAGCAGAUUCAAAUACACACAAAAUUCCAGAUGAGUCUCAAAGUAACAUGAAAUUCAAUUCUUUUGAAACAUGUCAGUCAAAUUUUAAACAUCAUGUUUGCCAUUUUAAAAAUCUAUGUUAUCAGCCAAAAGAAAAUUUGUUUGUUUUUUUCUAUAACAAUGAUGAAAUGAAAUAUAAUUCCUUAAACAGAAAUAAGAUUCCAUCACUUUCAACUCCAGCUGACUUCACAGGACAUGAACUGCCACUUACAUUUCUCAGUGAAAACUUUUCAACACAAUUCAGUGUCAGUUGGAUAAAUAAAACUAGUUACAUUUUCAGUCGUUUCAAGUCUGACAAUCUCAUGCAUGUUAUUCAUGAUGACUUGCUGCCUUUACAUUUCACGAUGAAACAUUUUGAAAAUUUGAAAUCAAAGAUGGCUACUAUCGAUAAAUUUGAUGCACAGAUUGUAUUCAUGGAUGACUGGCCUCCAGGAGAUUACAGAACAUUGUAUGAACUUUUUACAAGUUCUCAACCUCAGUAUAAAAUAGAUAUACAAGGUAGUGAACCACAAUAUGGUAAAGAAACACAAGAUGACAGAGAACUUGUAUGUUUCUCAAGUGCAAUAGUCGGUCUUUUAACAGAUACUUUAUGGUAUAAUUAUGGGUUUAUUGAGCCACAGGGCCCUAUAUUAGACUCCACAGUUUAUGCUCAGCAAAUUAAAUCUACUAGUCACUUUAUUUUACAUCAUCUGGAUUCCAAUGCUCAGCAUUUAACAGACUUUAUAGUUUUAAUAUCGAGGAAAGAAAAUCGUAAAAUUAUAAAUGAAAAUGAUCUAGUCCAAGCAAUUUUACAAGAAUUUUCCUUGAAAGUUGUAACAAUAAGUAGUGAAACACAUUCAUUAACAGAUAUGAUAACCCUUGUUUCUAAUGCUAAGGGUAUAAUAGGAAUGCAUGGAUCAUUGUUAACUUUAGCCAUGUUUUUAAAACCAGGGUCUUUCAUAAUAGAACUCUUUCCAUAUGCUGUGUCACCUGAUCAAUAUACACCAUACAAGACAUUAGCCAACAUCAAAGGUAUGGAUAUAAAUUAUGUCUCUUGGGAAAAUACCGAUCAGAAAUCUACAGUCGGUCAUAUUGAUUAUCCACCCGAGCAUGGAGGUCUGAUGCAUUUACAGUCAGAAGUUCAGAAGGAAAUAAUGAACCAGAAGAAAGUACCCAAACAUUUAUGUUGUGAUGAUCCUUCUUGGCUUUAUCAUAUAUAUCAGGACACUUUUGUAGACAUCAGUGCAAUCAUGAAUGUAAUCAAAACAGUCAUAAAUAAAGGAAAGAGUAUCCGACAUUCUGCAUAUCAUGAAACACCUUCUGAAAUUAAGAAUCUCAAUUGUAAGCUUAUCAUGGAGCAAACUUGUUCACUUUAUAUAUCAUGGGAAAUACCAUGGAACAUUCAGUUCUUAACUUUUGACAAACUUAACUAUGAAAUUAUACUUGAGGAAAGUGACGCAGAAGCUUCAGUUAAAUAUGUAACUGACAAAUUAAAAUUAGAUAUACACAACAUGAUAGACUGUGAUAAAAAUUACAUUGUGUGGGGAAGAGCUGUGGUAGAUGGUAUGUCUCAUGGCAAUUAUAUAAGUAAAGAUUGUCGUAAUUGAUGUGCAAUUCAAAUUUCAUGGAUACAUUGUUGUUCUUUCAUAGUCUUGUUUCGUAAGAUCUGUUUUAUGUUGUUCUGCUUUUUUUUUCUUUUUUGUUACAUUAAUGUUGAGGAAGAUUAUAAUACAUCUAUGUUUAUAUUUUUUGUUACAUCAAUGUUGAGGAAGAUUAUAAUACAUCUAUGUUUAUAUUUUUUGUUACAUCAAUGUUGAGUAAGAUUAUAAUACAUCUAUGUUUAUAUUUUUUGUUACAUCAAUGUUGAGGAAGAUUAUAAUACAUCUAUGUUUAUAUUGUUA